AUGGGCUGCAACAUGUGUGUGGUCAAACGUCCGGAGGAGCAGUACAGGAUCAUGUUCCAGCAGAAAGGCUGGAGUAACUCCCUGCGGCCGAUGGACAGACAUGGAAACAUAAAGGUCAGAGGACGGAGACCGUCUCAGCUCCCACUAGACAAACCACAUCACUCCCAGGAGCCUUUGCACCAACCUGGCUCCGUUCGCAAGAGUCACAGGAGGAAAGGUAUGUUGGUGUGCAGCGCUAACGGGACCUGCAGCACCUCCAUCUCCUCCGUUGCCAUGGUGGCCAUUCCCGACUGCGUCGACAACGCCACGCAGACGGACAUCAGCUUCCAGAACAUCAUGACGCUGGGCAGGAACAGAGGCCAUCACCACCACCACCACGGCCGAGGAGGGUCCUCCUCCCCUCCACCGCCUCCCCCCUCUCCCCCUCUCCCUCACCUCGUGGGACCAUAUGGGAUCAAUGAGUUCUGUGUGUUUGAGUACAAUGACCCCAAUGACUACUUUGACGUGUCGAAUCAUGAGGUGGACAGGCAGGACGACCUGGAGUACGAGGAGGUGGAGCUGUUCAAGUCCAGUCAGCAGGAGAAACUGGGCCUGACGGUCUGCUACAGGACAGAUGAUGAGGAGGACCUGGGGAUCUACGUUGGGGAGGUGAAUCCAAACAGCAUCGCAGCGAAGAACGGACGCAUCAGAGAGGGAGACCGGAUAUUACAGAUUAAUGGAGUGGACAUUCAGAACAGAGAGGAGGCAGUGGCCAUUCUGACCAGAGAGGACAGCAUCAACUUCUCCCUGCUCCUGGCCAGGCCUGACAUAGAGAAUGACAACCCUGCUGAUCCAGAGGAGGACAUGGACCUGACUCUGGAGGGAGGAGGUUUCCACCCACGCCCUCGAGCCUCCUCCUGCUCCCUCAGCUCGUCUCACUUUUCUGGCUACUAUCGGCUCCGCCGGGGAGGAGGGGGAGGAGGCCUGGCCUGCCCCGGAGGAGGAGGAGGAGAAGGAGAAGGAGAAGGAGGAGAAAGCAUAGAAGGUGCAGGAGGUGAUGUGGAAGGGGAGGAGGAAGAAGAUGAAGAAGGAGAAGAUGGAGAGAGGGGAGAGAGGGAGGACAGAGACCCACCUGUCCCCCUCCCACCUCUGCUUAGCCUGGCUCCACUGCUGUCCAAUAGCCAGGAGCUGGACAGCGGAGUGGGCCGGACGGAUGACAGCACCCGCUACGAGGAGCUGUCAGAACAAGACCAGCUGGGCGACCAGACCAGUGCCUGUAACACCAACACCACCAACACGCCGGGCAGCACCAGGAAGUUCAGACCAGGACCCAGCCCCAGUCCCAGUCCCAGACCCAGUCCCGGCCUCGGCCCAAGCCCAAGGUCAAUCCCCAGUCCUGGGCAUGGACGAGUAGACACUACGACUCCUUUCCUCCACCUACAAGACCUCCAACUCAGCUCAGACUCUCUGCCCGGCCUCGAGUGGACAGGUGGAGGAGGGGCAGGAGGAGCAGCGUACAGCCCCCACCACCAUCACCACCACAAGCACUACCACCACCACCACCACCAGCAGCCACUGAUGAUGAUGACGAUGAUGCCAGGCCUGACAGAGGAGGAGUGCCAGCGAUACCAGGAGCUGCUUGAGAUAAAAUGUCAGUAUGAGAAACAGCAAGAGAGAGAGGCGGUGAAAAAUGACGGUGAUGACACCGAAGCAGGAGAGAAAACCCAAAAGGAAGGAGAAGAGGAAGCUGCUUCUUCCUCUGUGGUGGAUGUGAACUGCAAUGAGACUUUAAGUGAGCACGAGAUGGCGCUCAUUGAUGAGGAGUUACGCCACCUGGAGUUCAAGUGCCGCAAUAUCCUCCGUGCCCAAAAGAUGCAACAGCUCAGAGAGAGAUGCCUGAAAGCCUGGAUGAUGGAGGAGGAGACGGUGGCAGCCGGAGCAGGGAGACCGGGCCCUGAGGAAGCAGGUUUGGACAAUGAUAAUGAGGACGACGACGACGACCCUCACCACCACGAACUGUCGGCCAUCAACGAGCUCCCCGAGCGAGAACGGUCAGAUGACAAAGACAGCACCAGCGCCUACAACACCGGGGGGGAGAGCUGUCGGAGCACGCCAUUGGUCAGCACGGAGCAGAUCCCGCCUCUCCAUGAAGAGGAAGACGAGGGAGGCAGACUGAUGUCUCCGCCUCCUCUCCUCCCCCUCAGUCACCUCCCACCUUUGAACUCCCCUCUUACCCAGCGGCGUCACAGGCGAGACAGAGAGAGACGCCACUCGAACCUUAGCUGCUCUUUCUCCCCGAGCACUUACAGGAAGUAUGAAAUGACCAAUGGCAGUGCGCCAAAUGGCUCAAGCUCCACCCCCUCCACGCCUUCCAAGUUCAGGUCUCUGACCAGAGAGGGGGGGUCGUCUGCAAGAAGGGGCGUGGCUGAUGGAGGGAGGGGCUCCAGAGCAGGUGGAGCCACCAACAGGCCCGGAGGUGGAAGUGCAGAGUCCAGUCCCUAUUUCACCAGGCGACGCCACAGCCACAACAAACCAUUAGAGCGCUACCAGAGCUGCAUGACCCUGCCCUCUGAGGGUCUGGUGGACCCUCUGGACCGAGUGAGAGACAGGGCGAGGGUCGAGGGUGAGGAGAGAGGGAUGUGCACAGGCAGCAGUGGCCCGGCUAGUCCCAGGAGUGUGAACAGCGCCCCCUGUGGUCUGGAGGACCAUCGUGCAGGUGCCUCGCGGUUAGGACUGGCAUUACCACUAGGGCUGACACACUCGUCCCCAACUGCCUCACCCCAACGCAUGGAGUGGAAGGUGAAGAUCCGCAGCGAUGGCACCCGCUACGUGGCCAAGCGACCAGUUAGGGACCGUCUGCUGAAGGCCAGAGCCAUGAAGAUCAGGGAGGAACGGAGCGGCAUGACAACCGACGACGAUGCCGCCAGCGAGAUGAAACAGGGCCGAUACUGGAGCAAAGAGGAGAGGAAGCAGCAGCUGCUCCGAGCCAGAGAGUACAGACGAAGAAGAGAGUUUAUGAUGCAGAGCCGCCUGGACUACCUCAGAGGAGACAGGGACCCUUCAUCGUCAACAGGGAGCACUGAAGACCACUGUUCCUCCCAGAAUGCCCAGCUUCACCCCCGACAGGACUCCCCCAGCAACAACAUCCUGUUACUGAGCCACAAGAAGAUCAUGAAGAAGAGGAACCGGCGCAUCCUUGACAACUGGAUCACCAUCCAGGAGCUGCUGGCUCAUGGCUCCAGGUCGCCGGACGGAAAGAAAAUAUACAACCCUCUGCUCUCUGUGACCACAGUGUGA